UGAUUGAUAUACAUAUGUAAUUUCUCUAAAUAAUAAUUUGUAAAUGUGUGGGGUAAAAUAUGAACAAGUGAGUUUUGGUGGGAGUAAAAGUGAAAAAGACAUUAGUAAUUAGAGAAUUAGUGAAAUUGACGAAAGAGCCCUACUUGAUGAUAUUUCGAGAAUAUAAAAGGCUCAAAGGUUAGCGGCCGAAAAAACGAGGAAGCUCUCUCCUUUAUAACAAAACCUCAACACUUCACCAUUUGAAUUCAAAAUCCCUUUUCUCUUCUGUCUCUCAUCGAUUUAUCCCCAAAUAUACUUUCUUCUUCGUCCUCACCUCACUCCUCUACACAAUUUAUCUAAACCUAAUCUUAGUUAUUCAAAGCUUGCUCUCGAAUCCCCUUAUGUGUGUACCCGUUUAGAAGAAACUGUUGCGUUUUCGUUUGUGUGUGGACUCUUUCUGGGUGGAUUCGACAUCUGGGUUUUUGGAAAAGAGAGAUCUUUCUGGUGUGUAAAUGGAGGAACAGAGAGGAAUUUCCUCUGGUGUUGUGUCGGAACCUGCAUCGAAUUCUGUGAUUUCUGGCGAGAAGCGUAACGGAAAUGGAUUAGAUGAGAAAGAUGAAUUAGGGUCUAAACGUGUGAAAGUCCCAGAUCUGGCUUCUGAUGCGAAAACCAGUAGUUUGCAAUCUCAUGGAAACAGUAAUAGUGUUCAGCAACCAAAUCUUAGUAGUGAGAAGUUGUCGAAAGUAUCUAAAGUGCUUGUGGCUCCUGAUGCUGAAGGUAUAAGAAGAGUAGUUAGAGAAAAUGAUGUUUUGUCUAAAGAUAUAAAACCUUCCUCAACUGUUGAGACGAGAACAUACUUGCCUAAGGCCAAGUCAAUUUCUACAGAUGAUAAUAGACGCGUUGUUAAUUCUGGAAAACAGGCUUUGCUUGAGAAUCAUACUGUAAAAACAGAUGAUAGUAAGUGUCGUGUUGUUAAGAAUAUUAGCCUCUUGAAACCGAGGGAGACUACUGAAUCUGUUGUAAGUCAACGUGGAGCAGCAGAGCCUUCGGUUUCAGUUCCUGUUGGCGAUAAAGUAAGUCCUUUUCAGAUGUGUAGUAGUGCAGAUGGCUCAUUAGGUGAGUCAGAUUCGAUGCGGCGAUGGAGGGAAAUGAAGCGGAAUGGUUUUCUAUCAGGCCCUUUGGGUGGAGUUGCAGCACCAACUUCUACAGUAGUGACUACGCCUGUUGAAGUACCUGCGCCAAAGCAACAGAAGAAUAAGCGGAGAGGUGGUGAGUCUCUCAAGAAGAAAAACGAUGUCCCUAAGAAGGAACAACAGCUGGUAGAUAGGUUCGCCAAUGUUACUGCUCCAAGUGGAUUGCUGACGGAAUUGAACCCGGGAAUCAUUAACCAUGUCAGGACUAAGAAACAGGUCUGCUCAAUUAUUGAAGCUUUGAUUCGAAGUAGUAAUGAUGAUGCUACCACGAGGGAAAGACAUGGCGAUUUCAAUGUAAGAGACGCAAUCAGAGAAGAUAGAGCAUUAGCCUUUAAGUUACCAUCCACCGGGGUGUCUGAUAAUGCCAUUUCCAUUACAAAUCCUGAACAAGCCACAUCUCUUGCUGUUGAAGGUCAGUGCCUUUUAUCUUGUUUCAGAUUACCUUUAGUUAACUGUUUCUUGGAUCUUCUGAGUAUGUGUCUGAAGUAAUAAGUGGCAAGUCUUAUGGCGUAAAAAUGAAGACUUCUGUGUCAAUUAACGAUUUAGGGUUUCUGAUUAAAGUAAGUCUAGAAGUGAUAGAAAUAUAAAUGUUAGGUAUUUCUUUUUUUGUGCAUAAUGAUUAAUUCAUAUGCAGAAGUGGAAACGGAAAGAAAUGCUUAAAAGGAAAAUGUUUCUUUGCUUUUUAGCUGCUACCGUAGCUUCCCAAUGGUUGGAGUUUCUUCAACAAGACCUCAGCGGACGACUUUCAGCUGUGCAGGAUAGUAGGAAUAGAGUUCAAAAUAUUUUGACUACUGAGUUACCGCUUCUCGCUUCAUCAAGGGAAUCUUCUUCUAACCAAGCAAAUUCUCUUGAGAUGGUGACUACGAAUACCUCUGGUGAUGCUUCGUCCGAUAAAGCAGCAACCGAGACACAUCAGAAGAGGUGGACUGCAAAAUUUGAUCAGAUAAAUAAAGCUCUGUAUGAUGAACAGAGAGAUUUGGAACGUUCGCUAAACCAAGUGAAGGAAAUGCAGUCACGAUGUAACCAUGGUCUACGACAAAUGGAAGAGUACUCGCCUUUUAGUUCCCAAUCAUCCGAUUCAAGGUAUAGACGAAGCAGUCCAUAGAAGCAUAGAAAAAGACUGGUCUAAAUGAUUUUCUUGUUGUACAAUACACUUGCAGUUUUGGGAAAGACGGUAAUCAGGAGACUAGUAUGGCGGUUCAGGCGGCUGCAGCUUCUAUUUUUUCAACCUGCAGUUUUCUUCUGUCAAUGAUGAAGCCGCCGCCUACCGGUUCUUAAUCUUGUUUUUUUUUUUUUUUUGGUUAACCGAAUUUCUGACUAAUCACACCGCCUAUAUGUUGUCUUUAUGUUAGCACUUUUUUGAUGGUUAUUAUCUUUAGUGUAAAUAACAGGCGAUUGAUCAGUUUGUCAUUCGUGUAUGUAACAUUAGAAGCGACCUUUUUUCUUUUUAUAUCAAAGCUACAAAGUUGGCAUUUGUUUC